AAAGUUAAAUUAGUUAAAAAGAAAUAAGUCAAAAUAAUAAUAGCGAUAAACAAAUUACUCCUGUAAUAGUAAAUUUCUAGGAAAAACCUUAAGUAAACUAUAAAGAUUUUUAAAAGUUAGAUAAUUUAGGUGAAGGAGCAUAUGGUGAUGUGAUUUUGGUAAAAAAAAUAAGCAAUGGAAAGAGAUUUGCUAUGAAAAUAAUAAAAAAGUCAAAAAUAAUGGAAUAGAGUUUAAACAGAAAAAUGCUAGUAGAAAAAACAGUUUUAUUAGAAAAUAAGCAUCCUUUUUUAGUUCGUUUGAAAUAUUCUUUUUAAACUGAAAAAAAACUUUAUCUUGUAAUGGAAUAUUGCCCAGGAGGUGAAUUAUAUUCAUAUAUAGUUCGUUAUAAAAAAUUUACUUUAGAAAUCUCCAGAUUUAUAGCUGCGGAAAUAGUACUAGGUCUUUAUUAUUUACAUGAGAAAAUGAAAAUAAUAUAUAGAGAUUUAAAACCAGAAAAUAUUUUAGUUUCAGAAGAUGGACAUGUAAAAAUUGCUGAUUUUGGUUUAGGGAAACAAUUGAAAACUCCAAAUUAAUUAACUUAUACUUUUCUUGGUACUCCAGAAUAUAUAGCACCGGAAAUAAUCAAAUGUAAAUAAUCUAAUUAUAAAGAUGGAUAUACCAAAAAAUGUGAUACGUGGGCUUUUGGUAUUUUCCUUUAUGAAUUAAUUAUUGGUUAACCUCCUUUUACACAUCCUCAGAGAAACUGGAAUAUUAUAAUGAAGUUAAUAAUUGCAAAUAAUCCUUAAUUUUCUGAAGAUAUCAACUCUGAUGCAAAAGAUUUAAUUUUAAAAUGUUUGAAAAAUGAACCUUAAGAAAGGCCUAAUUGGAAUGAAAUUAAAAGUCAUUAAUUUUUUUAAGAUAUUGAUUGGGAAAGACUAUAUAAUAAAUAAUAUGAGAGUCCACUUAAAUAAUAUGUUAAUAAAUCAAAAAAUAAAUAAUAAAGGCCAAAACCUAUUUUGGAGACUCCUGCAAAUGAUAUUCUUGAUUUACCAAAUAUUAAUGGAUUUACAUAUGACCCAUAAACAUUACCUGGUAAAAUUUCAAUGUUCUAAUGA